AUGUCCGUCGCUCGGUCCUACGCCGACGCAAACGAACGUCAAUCCCAAUCAUACUGGGACUACGACAACCUCCAAGUCCAAUGGGGCCAGAUCACGAACUACGAAAUCACCCGCAAGAUUGGACGCGGAAAAUACUCUGAAGUAUUCGAGGGUAUUAACGUCCUCGCCAGGGAACGCUGCGUGAUCAAGGUGUUGAAGCCGGUGAAGAAGAAGAAGAUUAAGCGCGAGAUCAAGAUCUUGCAGAAUUUGAGUGGGGGGCCGAAUGUUGUUGCGUUGUUGGAUGUUGUGAGGGAUCCGCAGAGCAAGACUCCAUCACUGAUAUUCGAGCAUAUCAACAACCAAGACUUUAGGGUCCUCUACCCCAAGUUGACGGAUUUCGAUGUACGGUACUAUAUCUUGGAGUUGUUGAAGGCCUUGGACUUUUGUCACUCGAAGGGGAUUAUGCACAGAGAUGUGAAGCCGCACAACGUCAUGAUCGACCACGAAAAGAGACAGCUUCGCCUCAUCGAUUGGGGAUUGGCAGAAUUCUACCACCCAGGAACCGAAUACAACGUCCGCGUCGCCUCCCGCUACUUCAAAGGCCCCGAACUCCUCGUCGAUUUCCAACUCUACGACUACUCCCUCGACAUGUGGUCCCUCGGCGCCAUGUUCGCCUCCAUGAUCUUCCGACGCGAACCCUUCUUCCACGGCCACGACAACUACGACCAACUCGUCAAAAUCACGAAGGUCCUAGGAACUGACGACUUUUACGAUUAUUUGGAAAAGUAUGAUAUCACGCUCGACCCGCAAUACGAUGAUUUGAUCGGGAAGUGCUCGAAGAAGCCGUGGACGAAGUUUGUGAAUCAGGAGAAUUCGAGGUAUAUCUCGAACGAGGCGUUGGAUUUUUUGGAUAAGUUGUUGCGUUAUGAUCAUCAGGAACGGUUAACACCAAAGGAGGCUAUGGUCCACCCUUACUUUGCGCCUGUUCAUGCUCAGGCUGCCGCGAAUACCCAGUAG